AAUUUUCAUGUCUAUCCGUUUGAUUUCCACCCGAUGGUGAUUUUGUUGUGUUUCUAUUCAAACAAGUAUUCAUGGGAAAAUGAUAAUUCGUGUGGGAAUGAGAGAAACGGCUUAUCUUCUGUCAGAUCUGAAGAUCUCGGUUCAGAUGUCUGUCAACCUCCUUUGUGACAAUCCAUCAAUGCUUGUAUCUUACCUCUAACUCUGUUUUUCACGAGUGCACCGAGGACUCGUCCGUAAACGGCAGACUGUUUCUCCUCUCUUCAGUUAAACGCCACGUAGUCUGGAGUGAUUGGACUCCCAAUCUUGUCGUCGAUUCCCUCGGCAUCCUACUGAAGUCCUCCACCGAUCGGAAAUUCUUCCUGUCUCGCCGGCGAAGGGGAACCAAGUCUGAGUGCGAGCUUCAAUUUCGCUUCGUUCCAGAAUCUCCUCCGUUGUUUCUGCAGAUUUUUUUCCCGGGUUUAUCGAUGGUUUCUCGUAGGGAUUUUCGGAGCAUGAGAUCCUACACCGGAUGGCGUCGGUUUCUCUUUCUUCUUCCUCUGAUCUUUAUUCUCCCUUAUCUCUUGUCGGUUAUGGAGUUUCGCUCGAAUCCGACUGGAGAAGAAGCGCACAGCGAGCGUAGUAAGAAGCUGGAUCACAUUGUUCUCGGUCCUGCCGCCGGCAAAGGCUUGCCGGACCGGUUACAUUGCCAAGGUAUGAAGGCGCUGAACAGGACUCAUGCUUCACCUUUUUCUGCUUCUGGUGGCGGAAAUGGUGUUUCUUUUGUCACGAUGUUUACUGUGUAUAAUACAACACUUGAAGCUCAAGCUAAUGCAAAGGCUUCUACCAUUGUUUCUGUUGGGAGUACUACCUAUAGCAAGCCAGAGAGGUCAAUGGCAGUUCUGAAUGCAUUCAUAAACUUCAUUCAGGUGACGAUGCCCAAGAGCAAUGUUGUUAUAUUAACUGAUCCAGCUUCUGAUCUCAAUAUCCAACAAAGUAAAGUGAUUGUACAGCCCAUUCAGGGAGACUAUUCACGAGAUAAGCUGAUGCUUCAAAGAAUCAGGUCUUACAUUAUUUUUCUUGAGAUGAUGUAUGAGAAGCAAUCUCAAAAUGCGGGUGGUUCAAACCACUAUAUCUUCACCGACUCAGAUAUAGCUGUGGUUGAUGACGUUGGGACUAUAUUCGAUGAGCAUACAGACUUUGAUUUGGCGCUGACAUUCAGGAAUAACAAAGAGCAGCCUCUGAAUUCAGGAUUUAUAGCUGUGAGGGGCACCCGUGAGGGGAUCCUAAGGGCUAAAAAUUUUCUUGAAGAAGUUCUGAAAACUUACAGAAGCAAGUAUAUGAGAGCUUCACGCAUGCUCGGUGACCAACUUGCUCUUGUAUGGGUUGUGAAAUCUCACCCUUCAUUUGAUGCAAAAAGAUUUACCAAGCCACAAGCAUUCACCCAGGGAAUAGGUGGAGCCUCAGUGCUAUUUCUACCAUGUGCCAUAUACAACUGGACACCCCCUGAAGGGGCUGGCCAGUUUCACGGCAUGCCAUUAGAUGUAAAGGUUGUACACUUCAAGGGAUCGAGGAAACGAUUAAUGCUCGAGGCAUGGAACUUCUACAGCGCUACUUCUAACAUUUCAGACAUGUUAUGCCUUGUCUUAGGGAGUGGAAGAACAAAGUAUGAUUUCUAAAGUGAAUUUUGUUUCAUUGGAUCAUUUGACACCCGGUGUUACAUUCACAUCCUUACCAUGUGGUCUGGAGUUACGAGAGGAAAGCGUGGAACUGCUUUGUGCUUUCUGGUUCGUAAGUGGUCACGCCCGUAAACCCCAGUGCAUAGCCGUGUAAACAGCUGCUGAAGGUGUGUAUUGUUAGAGUUUAUGUUCUAGACAUGACCCAUUAUAUGAUCAUAUUGUUAUUGUAUUUGGAUUCAUUGGAAUGAAUGAAAGUUAUUUUUCUA